AUGGCGAUGGUUUUAAUUUGCUUUUUGGCGGUAAUAUGCAGUUUGCUUCAACAAGGUCUAGCAAUCACAUGCUAUCAGUGCAACAGUCACAAUGACUCCCGUUGUCUGUUGGAUAAGCUCCCCGACACGCUGCGUGCGCCCUGUGGACCCAAAGACACCAUGUGCAGGAAGAUCUCGCAGGUGGUGGAGUUCGCGAUGAACGGCAUGCCUCCAGACAGCCGGGUUAUCAGAGGAUGUGGGUGGGAUGAGAGCAGUUACAAGAAUCGCUGCUAUCAGCGCUCUGGAUUCGGAGGUAGACAAGAAGUAUGUUCGUGUCUUGAAGACGGCUGCAACUCUGCAGCGAUACCAGUCGGAGCCACCGUAAUAAUGCUCCUGACAUUCGCAUUGCUGAGAUUUUAA